GCUCGGGCAUGAAAUGUCCAUUGUGAGGAAAUUGAAUUAGGCUAUGCUUCUUUUGCUUUAGUAAGCGUGUUAAAAUGAUAAUGAUGGCUUCUGCUAAAUGAACCUUGCCCGUAUGUGUAAUGUACUACCAUUAUGUGGCUAUGCAUAACAAGCUUCUCAUUAAGAACAAACGGAUCAGCCAGAUGUUGGAUAUAUAUACGGAAGUAAGUUGGAAAUUUGAGGCACAAAAUUAGGUGUAAUCACUAUGUGUCGUACUGUGUGGAUUGUGGCAAUCGUAGCGGGCAUCGCGUAUGUCCACCAGCUAGAGGCGUCGGUGCGCAUUACCAACUACACGGACGAGUGGGAUCCAAAGUAUCUGGAUGUGGAUUUGCGCGUUCGUCGGCUGGACCAAACCACUUCCAUAGAUUUUGAUUUGGAUCUUAAGCAGGAGCUCGACAAGAAUGUUGAGUACGAUGUGCGGUUGUGCAAACGGGUAGCCGGUAAAUAUCAUCAGAUGAUGUACACGGGCAAGCAGCAGCUUUGCGGCAAGGAGCUGCGCCGGUCGCGCAAUCUGCUCGACCGAUACAUUGCUUCGGAGCUGGUGAAACACUCGAACCUGACGACCCGGUGCCCCAUCAAGACUGGGCACUACGAGGUGCGGAACUUUGAAAUUGACGAUCGCCAUCUGAUGAUGAGCGUGAUACCGUCGGGCGAGUUUCUGAUCGAGGUCGGCGUGUAUCAUCGCGGCAAGGAGAUCAAAAUGAACCGCUGGUUUGUGACGGCAACGUAAAUUUGCCCGGAUACUGCUGUUUAAGCUGCAAUUUCACGCUAACGGUAAGACUAUUAAUUCGCAUUUAGUGUAAAUGCUAUCAUGUUUGCUCUGUGGGGUGUAUAAAGCCAUGUUUUGGGAGGUAAAAAAAACGAUGAAAUUAGUGAUAUUGUCCGAAAUGGAAUGGUCCAGAUUCUUUUUCACUUUUUAAAACAUUUUAAUCCACCGUCGGAAACCAUUCUACAGCAUUACUCGUCUUAAUCCUCCGUACCAGUUGGAGCGAAAAAUUUUCUCAUUCUUCGGUCCAAUGUAGCAGUUCACAGUGAAGCCGAAGUUCGUCUCUGGCAGAAACGGUGGCAGUUUGACGCGAUUUAGCGUCACGUUUUUGAAAACAUAGCGCUCCGGUUGGAUAGGACAGCCGGUGGGCACUUUGCCAUGCUGCCGCAAGUCAUCGAUCACUAAUGCACCGAACCGAUCGACGCUUGGUCGCUGCAGAAACCCGCAAAAGUCGUACGUUUUGUUGUAAAUCCAUUUUUCGGAAUUCAGAAUGCGCACAAAGUAUCCAACAUUCAUCUAGGCAAAACAUUGGGAAAAUUGGCAAAAGCAAAGCGUUACGCGUUUUCUUUUCAGGGGAUUGGUGGGCGGGAUCUGCGCUUACUCGGAGCUUAUCAAGCGGAGAAAGUACGUGGACCUCCAGGUCCAUGGUAAAGUUUUGAUACGAACCAUGAUGAUGGAUAGCAACACUGGUGUUAACGUAGUUAGAGCUACCCUCUACCUUUGCCC